AGCAAUAUUGAAAGUGAAAACUUCUGUACGGAAUAAAUUAAAUUAGCUUGUUUAAACUCGUUUAAAUACACCAUUCUUAGCAGCCAGAAACACUAAACAAACCAAUAAACAUGUGCGGCGGUUUCACCUGCUCGAAAAACGCGCUAAUUGCGCUCAACAUUUUGUAUGUGAUGAUUGGAUUCCUGCUGAUUGGAGUGGGCGUGUACGCGCGUGCCGCCUCCAUCGUGACCAACCUGCCGAUUGUGGGCGGGAUCCUGGCCUGCGGCGUCAUCCUCAUCUGCAUAUCCAUGCUGGGACUGGCAGGAGCCGUCAAGCACCACCAAGUGAUGCUCUUCUUCUACAUGAUCAUUCUUUUCAUGCUGUUCCUGAUCCAGUUCUCCAUUGCCAGUUCCUGUUUGGCCGUCAAUUCCGAGCAGCAGCAGCAGUUCGCCGAGCAGGGAUGGAUGACGGUGCCUACGGAUUUGCGCAAACAGGUGCAGGAUAGUCUGAAAUGCUGCGGAUUCAAUGCCACUGGACCGAGCACAUCUAGCGUGGUGCCGCCGCCGGAGGAGCCCUCGUGCGAGCUGAUCAACCAGCAGUGCUGUGCCCACUCCACCGAGCCGGACUGUCGCUGCGAACCCUGCGGACCCCUGCUGGAGGACAAGAUCGACUACGCCUUCAAGUUGUGCGGCGGCCUGGGCAUCUUCUUCAGCUUCACUGAGUUCGUUGGCGUCUGGCUAACAGUUCGCUAUCGCAAUCAAAAGGAUCCGCGAGGCUUGCCCAGCGCUUUUCUCUAAAUUGCACGCUAGUCGAGAGAACAAGAAAAACAUUUUCCAGAUACAGAAAAACAUCCAAAAAGUUAUUUAGUGCAUGUAUCUCUGCUCUGUCUCUGCUAAAUGUUUGGUGUUGCUGGAUGGACGAUUUCAUGAGCUCCAAAGGGGCCCACAUACCAUAUAUAUACAAGCAUCCUUUAUAUUUAUACCAUCUACAGAUACAUAUAUACAUAUAUAUUUAAUCACAUUGCCGCAGAACUAUGUACGUAAUGUGUUAGGUCGUAAUUGAUAUACAACUUUAGACAUAUAUACAUAUUAUAGAGAGAUAUAUAUAAAGGGAGAGAGCUACGCGUUUAACCCAUUUACGAACCCGAAAGCAAGCAAUCAGCAAAGAAACAUAUUUCCUCUUACUCUCAACACACUUCCUUUAAAACUUCCCAA